AUGAGAUGUUUACUGAACUGGUUGGAUGUCGCCUUCACAGGUUAUGUAGAACGGCUGACCAGAGUAGUGAAGGAGACCCUUGAGAAUUUGUAUAAUUCGUGGAAUUGGACUCUCUCUGUUUGGAAGUUGUAUCCAAGGACGCUUGGCAAAGAACUUGAGAAGAGCUUCUCUUUUGGCGUCCUUUAUGUCGUCGUAGGCUGUCCCGUCUGGUACCUCAAUUGGAAUUCCGGUUUCAAUUUCGAUUUUCAGCGCACCUCUUCCAGACAACCAACCGUUAACAAGCUUGCCUUUUACAUUCUGCCUGAGGAAGUCUUUAACAAGCUCGUUAAUUUAAAUUAG